UCACCCCAAUUGAAGCAUCCAGAGCUGAUCAGGUGAUCAUGGCGAAGAGCGGCGAAAAGGGGUCUGUUUUGGUGCUCGUGGCCUUUGCCGCUGCCAUCCUCCUCCUGGGCGCGCAGGUGAAGCCGGCUGUUGCUGAUGGCUAUAACACCGAUAUAGAGGGCAAGGUGAGGGGUAUAGUGAAUGCCAGAAUCUACGACGCCCCUGGACUCAUCCGGCUCGUGUUCCACGACUGCUGGGUAAAGGGUUGCGAUGCAUCCGUGUUGCUGAAGAGAGCUGAUGGGCUGGCAGAGAUGGACGCGGUCCAGAACGGCGGACUCCGGGGCCUGGACGUGAUCCAGGCCAUCAAGGACGCGCUCACCAAGGACUACCCGGCCGUCACCUGCGCCGACGCAGUUGUCUACGCGGCGCGCGAGGCGUGCUACAUCCUUAGCUACGGCAAGAUCGCGUACCCCGUGGACGGGCCGGGCUACCACAAGGACGCCGUCGGCUCGUUCAAGGACGACGCGGCGGCGCUCCCGCCGCCCUUCGGACCCUCGUCCAGCUUCAAGAACCUCACCAAGAACUUCGGCGGCAAGCCGGGCUUCGGUGCCGGUGAUCUCGUAAUCCUCUCUGGCGCGCACGCCGUCGGCCUGGCCCACCGCCCGGCCUUUGUAGACCGCCUGGACCUGCAGGUCGCGGCCCGUGGCGAGAUCGACGUCCUUUACCAGAAAAAGAUCGAUCAGGUGUCGAAUGCAAGCCCGGCGAAGGCGAUCCACAACAACGUCCGCGACAUCGACCAACCUGAGACGGUGCCUGGCGUCCUGGACAACAGCUACUACGCCGCCAACCUCGGUAAGAAGGUGCUCUUCAACUCCGACUGGGCGCUCAUCACGGACCCGGCCGCGCGGGGACAAAUGGAAAGGUUCGAGAAAUUCCCCGGCGACUGGUACGACCUCUUCGGCAAGGCAAUGGCCAAGCUCAGCAGGCUCCCUGCCGAGGGCCCCACUCUCAGUGUGCCCAGGGCGAGAUGCGAUGGCACCAGCUACUAGGAGAGAUCCAACGACACGUACGCACGGCCCGCCCAAGCGCCAACAUUUGAACAAGACAUGCAUUGCUUGCAUGCACAUUGAUUUAUUCGUUACUUUACCUAUCAUGUUUGUCAAUUAUUGUUUAAUUUACUUAUGCUAGUACUAAUAAUUGUACCUUUUUUUGCUUGCCCUGCUUUUGUAAUACAUAUGCAUGUUCUGAAAGUUAUGUUGUCCUACAUAUGUAAUCCACGCCGUAAACGCUUUGAAAUAACAUGACCAUUCAAUUUGCCUUUUGGAA